UCCGGGUGGCCCGCCUCGCGCAUCACCAAAACCUCGUUGGACGGAUAACAUCCGCGAAGCGCAUAAAUGGAAGCAAGAGUAUGCAGGAUGAAGGAAAUGCAUAGGGCUGCUGGUCUCGAGGCUGAAGUGUUGAAAGGGAAGCGUGUCGUAGCGGAAGGAGAAGUGGUUAAGUUGAAAGAGCAAUUGAACAAGGUGCUAGCUGUUGGGACUGGUCAACGUGGUGAAGGAGGUGGGACUAACUUGAAAACGAGGCUGGAUGCGGCGGCUGUUCGAUCCACUCGAAAAGGUUUGAAAGCCACCCCCAGACGGGAUUUAGGUGAUGGGGAUGCUGCCUCGGGUGGGGUGAAUGAACGCUUUCAGCAUGUCGAAGCUCAGAAGAAGGAUCUUCGAAAUUAUAAAAAGUCUGGGCUGGAGAUGCUGUGUCGAGAAACCGGAUUAAAGCUUCGGGCUAUAGAGCUUAUGAUUCAUGAUCUCACGGAACAUCGGGCUAACAAAGCAUUUGGCAGUAACAACAAUGAUGGUAAGGAGGCGGACAAGGAGGUCCCUGUCCAUGAAGUUUCUGAGGACUCCCCGCCUGUUGUUGAAUCUUCGAAGCGUCUUCAACACGUGGCGGCAUACAUGCACAGAGGUGGGCAGCGGUGGACGUCAUUUUUUGUCUACAAGGGACGUGAUGGACGGCUACGAUGGCGAUGGACCUGCUGUGCUGUCGACGACGGAGAAGACAGCAGUCGCGGUGGCUGCGGUUGCCGUUGUCCGUCGUUUUCAAAUCGAGAGUGCGGACGGGCAGAUGAAGGCAGCGUUUUCGAGGCGGCGGCAGAGGCUACUGCUGCAAAGGGUGUUGGACGCCCCGGACUGCAUCACCACAUCCCAAGCCGUGGUUCAGCUGUGUGCUGCUAUUGGGAGCGGUUUGCUUCCUCGGGCGACGCCACGUUGGUGGAUGCGGCGGAGAGCUGGCGGGACUUGGGAGGAUUUACGGGUUGCAAUGACGCGAUAGAGGACUACUUCCGGGAAAAGCUCCGCAUGUCGAGGAGAGUGUUCAUGGAGAUCAGCGAAGCAUGUGCGCCUCAUGUGCAGCGGCAGGUGAUGUUUAACAGGGAGCCACUGCAGUCGGAGCAGAUCGUCGCAUACACGCUGUAUAGGUGGGCCACAGGAGAGUCUUACGAUAACAGCACAUCAUCCUUCGGCAUGGGCAGGACUUCCGGAGUUCGAGCCGUGUGCAACAGCCGUCAUUUUGAGGGUGUACGGGGAAAAGAUAUCGUGGCCGACGGGGUUGACUGCACACACAUCUACGUGGACAAACCGGCGAACGCGCUUAGCGAGAACUACUUCGACCGCAAGCACCGUUUUUCCGUCAUUGCGCAGGUUGUGGUGGACCUGGAUCUGCGCGUCCUUGAUGUGUUCGUGGGAUAUCCGGGUAGCUGCCAGGACAUUAGGGUGAUCCAGCUGUUAAGUCUGUCGAGGCGCGCGGAAGAGGGAUUGCUGUUUCGUGGGCCACCUGUGAUGCUUCCGGGAGGGGUGAUGACGAACGGAUACAUCUUGGGCGACAACGGGUAUCCUCCUUCUGAGUGGGUGGUGGUGCCGUACGGAGGAAUCAAUCAGCACCCGGACGAGGAAAGGUUCGACACGAAACAGAAGGUCGCAAGAGGGGCCGUGGAGAGGGCGUUCGGGAGGUGGAAAGGGAUGUGGAGGCUUUUCCUGCGGACGCACAAGACGAACCUCGAGAGUCUGCCGCAGCAGUUCACGGCGGUAUGCAUUCUUCACAACAUCCUGCUCGAUGCAGGAAUCGAGUUCAACGAGAAUUUGUUGUGGGAGGUAGACGCGAACGGGUCCGCGAUGCGAAGAACUGUCUCCUCCUGCCGCGCCGCCAUGUUGUCGUCCUCUGGCCGAUCCACAAUCUUCACCCCCGCGAACCACAGAGGCACGUCCAUCUUCAGCGCUAGAGUGUGGUACACGAGUGCAGGGGACACCACGUUCGAUCAUUCCUGCCCCUGCCAAACUGCUCGUGCGGCGUCUGUGGCAAUGUUGACACUGAUGUACAACUCUGCACGAGCGAAUCCAGCCGACCACGACGACGAUUUGAAGAUCGCGCCGUGGAUGGCGCGCAACACCAGUUUCUCGAUGUUGCGCGCUCUGCGCAGAGCCGGUUCUCGGUGCGCAGGGUCGUCGAUCUUGAAGUGCGGCACGUCGUUCGGCGGCAGUAUGAGCAUCGCAGGCGGUUCAGCUCACGCGUCUCCGUUGGCGAUUGCGAUGAAGUAGUCCGCGCACUCCCCAACCGCCUCCCUCAAGGGUUUCCCCGGUCCCUGACCCCAAAAAGAGUCGCAAUCAACCCACAACUUCGAU